AUGCCUCAUACUCCUCGAAUACCAGACAUCCCUGGUGAAGUUCUCGAUCCAGGUUUCUCUAACAACCUCCAAAGGAUCGUGGCACAGUUAUGUCAAGUUAAUAACACGAGAUUCCCUGGAAGUCAGCCUGUUAGUUUCGCUAAGAAGGAUCUUGAAGUCCUCGAACAUGAAGACUACUGGGUUUGCGAGAAAUCUGACGGCAUUCGUGUGCUGUUCUUCGUGUUGACCGACCCUGAUGGUGCUCAAGAUGUAUACCUUAUUGACCGGCAUAAUAAUUAUCGUGUUAUCAGCGGAUUCUUCUUUCCUCACCAUGCGGAUCCAAAGAAGCCACUAGGUUCUACCAUUCUCGAUGGAGAAUUGGUUAUUGAUACAGACCCAAGGACGAGGCAGGAUACGUUGCGAUUCCUUGCAUUCGAUUGCUUAGUCGUAGAUUACCAGAAUGUCAUGUCCCGAACUCUGGAUAAGCGAUAUGGCAGGCUACAAGAAUGGUUCUUCAAGCCAUUCAAGAAGAUGAUGCAAGACCAUCCAUACAUGGCACAAAAUCAACUUUUCGAUAUCAAAGUCAAACCGAUGAACCUAUCAUAUGGACUGGAAAAAGUAUUCAACGAAGACAUCCCCAAGCUUCAGCACGGAAACGACGGCUUGAUCUACACGUGUCUGCAAUCACCUUAUGUAGUCGGCACCGACCCCAAAAUUCUCAAGUGGAAGCCACCUUCCGAGAAUACGAUUGACUUCAAGCUAGUGUUACGUUUCCCGCCGGAUCCGCAACGGAAGGAUGAGCCUGACUUCACGGCGAAACCUAUCUUUGGUUUGCAUGCCUAUAUUGGUGGGAGAGAUAAUUACGAACCUUUUGAUGAGCUUUAUAUCGAUGACGACGAAUGGGAGAGAUUAAAGACCUCCGGCGAACAAGUUGACGACCGCAUCGUCGAAGUAUUCUGGGAGACGAAAGAGAAGCGAUGGCGAUUCAUGCGGUUCCGAGAUGAUAAGCCAAAUGGAAACCACAAGUCCGUAGUUGACAACAUCAUACAGUCGAUCAUUGACGGCGUGGAGAAAGAAGAUCUCUUGGCACGUAAAGAUACGAUUCGUUCAGCAUGGAAGGCCCGGGCUGGGCAGUCGUCGGGUGCACCACCUCCACCUCCACCCGCGGCGCAAUCGUUAUCGCAAGCGCAAGUGCGACCCAGAGGUAAUCCACCUUUCAUACAGGGUGGAUCUGGACCAGGGAAUGGGCCUCCUCCUGCUGUUCGACAAGGCGGUCCCGACGGCCAAUUCUCGCGUCAAGCACCAGGUCAUGUCGACCUCCGAUACGGGAAACUACAAGAAUCGCCAUACAGUAGAGUGGGCGGCCCGCCCACUUUCCUUGGUUUCAAUCGGUGAUGCCGGCGGACACAGAGUGCUAGAAUCUCACUCUCAGGCUCGGAGGUUAUUCCCUUAUUUUCAUCCUUUCUUUUUCGUUUUGUAUUUUUGUAUUCUGGUACGCGCUGAUCAUCAACCCGUACCGCAUGAAUUUCACGUCGUCGUCCGUGUCGGAUGAUGUAUGAUUCCAUGAUUCUAUCUACGUGUGUAUGAAGCCAGGCCCUUUGUCCGAGCAUGCGUGUAUCUACAUGUGUCUUCGAUCUUGUUCCUGUGGACGUCGUGCCAACGCCAGUGCCAGUGCCAAUACGCAAUUCUACUCGGUCAUCUCCGCGUUUUAUGAGUGGAGUUAGUUCCUUUUUGCAUCGUCAUGCAUUUGUCCUCUUCCUGCUCAUCUCGUGCUUUCAGUAUCUCCGUAUCCUUUUUGUCUGAUGAUCGCGGUAUUAUGCAUUCCACAUUCAUAUUCCCAAGUGAUGAUUUCUCCUUACGUUCUCCAGUCCUGUUCUUCUGCAUUUCUAUCUUUUUCUUUUCUCACUUCCUCAGCUUUUUCUCUUCUCACUCCCAUCACUUCC